AUGGCAAGUAUACAGGCUAACAAAAGGUUGACUAAGGAAUACAAGAACAUUGUUAACAACCCUCCUCCAUUCAUUAUUGCAGCACCACAUGAAGAUAACAUAUUAGAAUGGCAUUACGUGAUUACCGGUCCACCUAGCACUCCGUAUGAGAAUGGUCAAUAUCAUGGAACGUUAACUUUCCCUUCAGACUACCCAUUUAAUCCACCGGCGAUUCGCAUGAUUACGCCUAACGGCAGAUUCAAGGAAAAUACUAGACUAUGUCUUUCGAUGAGUGAUUAUCAUCCAGAGGCGUGGAACCCAGCAUGGUCUGUAGUGACUAUAUUGAAUGGCCUUUUAAGUUUCAUGACAGGUGAUGAACAGACAACGGGGUCGGUGUCAACCUCUGAUAAGGAUAAAAGGACUCUGGCUAAGAAAUCGAAACAUUUUAAUACUUAUAGCAAUUUCAAAUUCAAGAAUAUGUUCCCUGAUUUAAGAGAGUCGAAUAUUAAGGACAUAGAGAGGGAGGCUGCUUUGGAAGCGGAAUCCAAAGGAGCACAACAAGAGGAAAAUAAAGCACAGAAACUAGCCACGGAGAAAGCAACUUCACUAGACGACAUUUCGGAUCCUGAGGAUCGAGUAAGAAUUCAAGAGCUUAUAAAGGCCGAGAAGGAUAAGAAAGAUCAGGAUAAAAAUCCUGGCGAGAAUAGCAACAUCAAAUCGCUGCUUUGUCUGAUCUUGGCUAUUGCGAUUUUUUUCGUCGGUUUAAUAAUGAAAUGA